GGUUCUCCAAAAUAAGACCGGGCACUGAGGGCAAGGUUGAUGAAAGCUGUGGCCGCUAGGCUGGCUGCGGGUUACCUCGGGCCUAGUGUGCGGCGGCGGACACUCACUUGCCCUUGCCCUUACUGUACUCCCAUGGCGUCUCCUGAGGCCAUGGGGCCUGAGAACCCAAGUUCGGAGAGGGUUACGGAGUUGCGGCCGCCGGCACCACAGAGCUUCCUCUGCAGGGCUUUGGGUCCUUUCCCUCGGGUCCUUGCUGCCGAAGCUGUGGCCGCCGAUUCGGAGACCCUUGCGGAGGACCAAAAGCUGUCUUCCUGCGUCCCAGAGCCCCAUAACUUGGAGUCCGGAUGGGACCGCCUCCGGGAGCUGUUUGUCAAAGAUGAACGGGAGAGGACUUCAGAGGAACUUGAGAAUAUAUAUAGGGCAGCAGUUUCAGCAGGCAUCAUCGGCUGGGUGUACGGUGGAAUACCAGCUUUUAUUCAUGCUAAGCAGAACUACAUUGAGCAGAGUCAAGCAGAGAUUUAUCAUAACCGGUUUGAUGCUGUGCAAUCUGCACAUCGUGCUGCCAUGAGAGGCUUUAUCCGGUACGGCUGGCGCUGGAGUUGGAGAACUGCAGUGUUUGUGACUAUAUUCAACACAGUGAACACUGGUCUAAAUGUGUACCGAAAUAAAAAUGCCCUAAGCCAUUUUGUCACUGCAGGAGCUGUCACAGGAAGUCUUUUUAGAAUAAACUUAGGUCUGCGUGGCCUGGUGGCCGGUGGCAUAAUUGGAGCCUUGCUAGGCACUCCUGUAGGAAGCCUGUUGAUGGCGAUUCAGAAGUACUGUGGUGAGACCAUUCAGGAGGGAAAACAGAAGGAUCAGAAGGCAUUUCAUGAACUGAAACGGGAGGAGUGGAAAUCUAGACUACAACUUACUGAGCUCCUCCCUCAAGAAAUUGAAAGCAGCUUACAGGAAAAUCGAUCCGAGGAUGAUGCUAAGAAAAUUGAAGCACUGCUAAAUCUUCCUAGAAACCCUCCAUCAGCAGAUAAACAAGACUAGGACUAAAAAUGUUCUGGACUUGAAACACAUUGGAGAGUUAAAGGGAGCUAUUUUCAUUGAAUGCCAGUGGUCAGGCUCUAGUUAGCCUGCUGACAAAUAUGAGUGUUGGCACCUGUAGAGGAAGUGAUUAGCUUUUAUUGUUAUUAUUUUUACCAAGAAUUGGACUGUUGUGCUCUCAUUUUACUUAUCCUUAAAUGUAAAUACAUACUUAUAUCUAUACUGAUUGAUCUAUGUAUUUAACAUUAUCUUUAUUGAUUGAUCAAUAUAUAUUUCUUUCCCCUGGAUUUUACAACAGUAAAUUUAAAAUUUCCCAAAAGAUUAAA